AUGGGCACUUCCCUCAAUCAUCAUUCCUCCAGCACCCGGCCGACCACAAGCGACCGUGAAGCUCGUCCAACAACUCGCGAUCAAAAUGACAACAAUUUUAUCGUCCCGAGUCGGACAUCAUCCUUACACUCGCGAAUAACGCAGCCAAUUGCGAACACCCUGACUAUCAAGCCAAAUCCGAGAACACCAAAAACUCUUACUCACGCUUACAUGGUAUGCGGAGUCGGAAGAGAGCCGUCACAAUGGACAAGAGCGCCGGCGCCACCUCAAGGAAAAAUCGGACACAUGAAAGGUGCGAUAGGACAGUUCUGGCUCCCGGAGAUCCUUGGAAGUAGUCCUCGCAUAGAACAAGACCACGACGUGCCGAGGUACCUUCAUGCAGCAAUGAGAGCCUGCUUCCCACACGAUAUUGAAAUUUGUACUGGACGCAGUCAACCUCACUGCGUACAUCACUCCUUUGUGCUUCAACAAGACUCUUCACAAACUCUCUAUGGAAUUGCGCUACGUGUUUGGUCUAAGGCUGAUGAAAAAAGGGGGGAGACUAUCCGUGAAUUUAGAAGAAGAAUAGAACCAGACUUCUAUGAUGCUCCAGACGAAAUUUAUUGGAUUCCUUACUGUCUUUCCUUUCUUUCCAGAUAUCCCCUUUACAACCUUCUUGGAGACUACAUCCGCGGUAUGUGGAUUCAUUGGAAUAAAGCCACCAACCUUUUUCACGCCGAAGAAGUAUCACGCAUUCUUAGCUUUCCAGCCCCUAGGUUGAACGACUUGGUGCGAAUCGACAUGAAAGAUUAUGCCCUUUGCUAUCAAUUUCCUUCCUCGCCGACAGGGUUUCAAAACUUCUCCAUGUGGCCAAUAUUCUCUUGCUUAUCCAUUCCUAAUAUAGUCGGUGUGAUUGAAGCUGCCGUAUCUGCAACUCGUCGUAUUAUCCUCAUCAGCCACUAUCCCGCCAUCCUGACUGUUGUUGCUGAGACAAUUCGACAAUUUGUUCGAGUUUACGAGUGGAGCGGGCUUUACGUUCCAGUUGUUCACGCUAGACGUGCAACUGAACUUGUCUUGGAGCCUGGCCCUUAUAUUCUCGGUGUCACUGCAGAAUGUCGCUCGGUAUUUACGGCGCCGGUUGAUGCUUUGGUUGUAGACUUAGAUCGAAACUUUGUGCUGACAUCAUGUCCUCCAAAAUCGCUCACUUCGGGUCAGAGAAAUAAAAUGAUCAUCAGACUAACUCAGGCUUUAAAUGGCGAUGUCACACCAUCUGGAGUACCGCAACACCUUCGGUCAGCCUACGGUGGUGGGAAACUCGUUCCUGCAGGGCAAAUCAUUGUAAUGCGUGGCGAAGUUGAAUCUAUACAGGAUCCCGAAUGGUGGAAUCAAGAUGCUAUUAUGUCGGUCAUGGAUCACGUUUGCGAAAAAUUGGGAAGAAAUUCUGGGAUAAAAGCUGUAUUCGGUGGCUCUCUGAAGAAGCCACUUCAAACUCGUGUCUCAAUACGUCACUUGAAUGAAAUUAUGCGAGAAAGAAACCAAUACUCCCGAGAUGCCGCGGAAGCAUGGCAAGAUUUUAUAAACCUCAAGAGCCGCAUGGACGUAGAGAUCACCAAGGUUAAUAAACGCAAUCAUUUUCUUGUCGAGGAAUUGGAAAGCUGGAAACAACAGUUUCUCAAAUUUCAAUCAUUUGCGGAGCAACUCUCAAAAGAAACUCUUGACCUCAAAACGAAGAUUGAAAAUUUGAAGCGGGAGAACAAUCGACUGACCGGUCUCAUUGAUCAACAUGAAGACGAGGUUGCCCGUCUAAAUAAUCGUCUCUCUGGAACCGAAAAGCAACGUGACGAUGCUCUUGAGGCCUUAGUUCUGCAGCAAGAAAUCGCGGAGGAGUUAGAGAGAGAGCGUAAACGCAAUAAGAAGGAGUUAUCCGCCCUCCAGCACACAAACAACUCUGUUCAGCGACAAAGAGAUGAAGCCCAGCGCGUUGUUUUACACCUUCGAGCCCUCAUCAGUGGGCAGACUCACCACAUGGAACAUAUUGUUCGCACACUUGGAAAGAGCCCUGAACUCGCAGAAUCCAUCGAGAACGGCUACUAUGAUGCAAACGACAGUGAAGAAUAUGAUGAAGCGACAGGAAAUGUAAAGAAGAAUUUGGAGUCUGAUUCUUCAGAGUCUAGGCUGACCCCGACGCGUAAAUCACCAAAUGCGAAGAGUAGCGAUUUGACCGAUGUAGAAACACGUUCAAGAAAUUUGACUCGUCAUAGUCGACGAUAUUCACAAACCAGUAUCAUCGAUGUCGCUGACCGCCACCUUAAAGAUAAGACAGACGCUAUAGCUCAUAUAAUUCGAAACAUCUCCGAACAGUGUGCGGCUGCCGUCGAAGGUCUACAAAUUGCGCACGAGGAAACAGGUCAGCGGAUGGGCAGCCAAGCACGCAAUGGUCGGGCUAGUAACUUAUCGGUUAUCAGCUGUGAUGCGGGAUCAGGCCAGGAAUCUGAGAAUGGUGAUGAAGGCCCUAGAACUACAAAUUGCGGAACAAGCGUUCCUCCCACUCCGGAUCUCGUCUACAAUCGUUCGAGUACUGCAUUGUCCAACACUAGUGCGGUUACAACGCCCGAAAGAAGCGGUCACCACAACAGUCUUUCGGAGAUCCCAACUAGGAUCGCCGAAGACAGUGACGAAGAAGAGCGAAAUAGCGGGAGCGAAACGGCAAUUCACGUCAUUCCUCAAAAGGUAAAGAUGAUAAACCGAACAAUCGGAGUGCGACUCAGCGCGCUCGGCAGUUAG